AGGUCUGUGAAUCUUGGUGGGAAACUCAAAGAAAUUAGUGUUGUCUGCAAAGAGGAGAGGGAGGUGCCAUGGGCGCCCACCGUCGUUGUUGUUCAUGAACCAAUGGGGCUGUCCGAGGCCGCUACUCACGCAUCGCUGGUUGGAGGCCGACAUGAGCACGGGGGAGGCACCGAAGGCAUUGGGCAUCUUGGGUGA